UCAUAAUGGCGGCCUCCAGUGUGGCAAAAUUUCCUUCGUUCCUGAGAUCCAAACUUUCGACGAAAGUGUGCAUUGUUAUCUUCAUACUGGCCAUAAUUUUCUCACAGAUCAGAUUAGUGAUAUGCACAGUUACCUGCGAAACCUUACCUUUGCCCCGGACUGACGUAGUGUACCGCCUUGGACCUGGGGAAGUUAUUGAGAUUGACGGCAAGUUGAUUGACAAAGCGUGGACUGAAGUUUCACCCAGUGAGCCAUUUGUUGACAUUCAAGGAAGAGACUUUCCCAGACCUCGCUUUGAGACCUGGGCCAAGCUACGCUAUGAUGACACCUAUCUUUACAUUGGCGGCUAUCUGCAAGAGACGGAUGUCUUUGCAAACCAAACUCAGCAUGAUUCUGUUGUUUUCAAAGACAAUGAUUUUGAGGUGUUUACUGAUCCAGAUUGGAGUACACACUGGUACAAAGAGUUUGAAAUCAAUGCCAUUAACACCACAUGGGACCUCAUCUUGAACCAGCCAUAUAUGAAUGGUGGCUUCCCCAACAGCAGCUUUGAGAUGCCAACCAUGAAGAGCGCCAUCUAUGUUGAUGGUCCUGUGAACAAUCCACUCGUCAAGGAUUCAUACUGGACUGUUGAGCUAGCCUUGCCACUGAAAGACCUGGUAUUAAAUGACAGCAUGGCUAGGGCACCACCUAAGAAUGGGGACCAGUGGAGAAUCAACUUCAGCAGGGUGGAGUGGCAUGUGAGAAAUGUCAAUGGACAUUAUGAAAAGGUGCCUGGUUUACCUGAGGAUAAUUGGGUGUGGUCGCCACAGCAUGUCAUCAACAUGCAUCUUCCUGAAAGAUGGGGAAUCAUUCAGUUCAGCACGGGCAAAGUCAACAGCAGCAAGUUCAUCCGUGAUCCCAAAUGGCCGAUGUACAACAGUUUGGUGGAAGUUUACAAUGCAGAAAAGAUCUUCAAUGCCAUCGCUGGCUAUUACACCAGCAACCUGACCCAGUUGGAGCUCCCUAGCUACGUGACCAAGGGCCUGUGCGCCGGUAAACCAGAAAUCACUGUCAUCCACAACUACCGCUUCAACGCCACAGUCAAGCCACUGGAUCCCUCCUUACCUAUGGGGCAUGUCAGAGAUGACAGAUACAUAUGGUUUUCAUAACCCGAAAAAGAACUAGCCAAGGAGGAGGUUGGAAUCUGCCUCUUGUGCAUUCUAGUGAUGCCAGGAAUAUUGUUAUUGCCCCCACUGGCGCUACCAAAGUAGCUGGUCUUGAUUGCAAGUGACUUUAGCUGAGGAAAAGACAAGAAAUCUGUUUCACAGAAAUAUAACACCAGCUGAUGAUACCAAAACCGUUCAUAAAGCCGAGAAUUACAUUCGAGAUCCACAACAUUUCAAUUUAAUCAUUUGAUGCAGUAUGAUUAUAAACUCAACUUCCAGACAUCGACAAUAGUGUAAAUAAUAUUGUGAACACAGAAAACACCUUCAUCUGGUGUUCUUCGAACAGGUGUACUUGCAUCUUAGAUGCCCCUUGAAUUACAUCUAGGUGCACUUUGGGAAUCCUUCAUAUGGUUUAACUGUUAAAACAGGCAUCAAUGUAUGCAGUUUCUCAAAUUACUCAAGUUACUUAAAUUUCUUACAUAUACUCCUCAGUCCACUGAAUCUCCAUGUUUCUUCCCAAUUGUUAGACUUUUGAGCAUCAAGCUGUCUGGGUGCUGGGCACUCCAAUGAACAAUUUUCCUCUAAACAUUUUUCUUAAAUAACAAGCACUCCAAUGAUUUGUGUUCUUUUGCACUUUCCUACACUGCGUUCUCAGAGAUGCUUAAUUUGUCUCUCCUAAACGUCAUGACGUCAUUCCAGCUAUGAUCAAAUGUUGAGAAAGCAUGGCAUGCUCCCUUGGAAACUUUGGAACAUUUUGGUUUUGAGGCUCUUGUAGGCAGUGGGUGUGGUCAAAAGGAUGGUCAUUAGUUACUGCUGGAGUUGAGCAACAGUUUUACUAGGUGCUUAUUCUAGGGUCUCAUCCUCAAAGAUUUCCAGGUUGUCUAGAUGCUGCUUUAACUCAGACUCAAGAAUGCCACUGUGUGCACCUGUUAGGACCUUAUGACAGAGUAUCUUCACGAGUGUUUGUUCAUAUAAGGCCCUUAAUAGGCCAUCAGCUUAUUCAAAGCACAGAGCACAUCACUUGUGACCUGGCGUGCAUGCAGGUCAUAUUUGAGCCACAUACCCAUUGGAUCAACCUCUUUAGCUCAAUCUUUGACAGUCGGUGUGGGGUUGGACAGUUUUAUUAUGGAUGUUUGUAAGGUGUAAACGUAUUAGCAUCAGUCUUUCCUGUUGUAGUCAUUCAAACAUGUCUGUUUGUUCACUACUGUUACACAUAGGGCCUGUUUGUUUCGCAUGGAUCUGAAUCUCAAACAGUGAUCCCAAAACUGGUUUGCUUUGCCCAUUAGGUAGCAUCUGGUAUCAGUGAACCAAUGUCAGAGCACUGAUCAUGAUCUGGAUCCGCAUGAAACAAACAGAGCCCAUAUACUGAAAGAACUUGUCAAGAGGGAGUACUAUCUGCCAUACAACCAGCUUAGGAUUCUGGGCGCUCCUUACAUUGAAACGUUUGGCAUAAAAGAUACACUCUCUGGCUUUGAAAAGUGUACUUGUGAAGUUCUUUUCUCCUAACGGCUCUAGAAUCCUUCGUCAUCAUUCGUCAGCCUAUGGUUGGCAUUUGGGGUUUGAUAGUAAUUUUUAAUCUCAAGGCAUUGAACCGGUGACCAGGUUACUGUCUAGUUACCUCUGGCCAAUGAAGUUCUUGAAAAAUAAAAUAGACAAAGUUAGCAGA